AUGUCUUCGUCACAAGCUAAGUUAUUUGUGGCUGCUAAGAUGCAGUCAUAUGGCGAUGUCGACGAAUUAUCCAUCAUAGCUCUUUUACCUCGCAUUUACUUCACUGUCGAAAAUGUGGACGACUUCUUAAUUAAAAGUCUGAAAAACCCGUCUUAUCUGCUCCUAGCCUCAGAGGUGCUAGAAAUCCUAGAUGAAUUAGCUUGUGUUAAUCUUAGAAAUCGUUGGGAUGAAAGUCUUGCUGACCUCAAAAGCAGAUGGCCAUUCAUCUGGGAACGACUUCUGGAGCGCAGUAUACUCCACCCUAAUAGUGCUCCGGGUCAGAUUCGAAGUGCCUCUCGUUGUCUGGCUGUUUUGCAACACGUUGUGGAAUUUGUGCCUGAAGUAGACACAAUCAGCAAUCGAUGUAUUCAACUUCGUCAGUUACCUAAUUUGGUCUCGUUUUUGGCCAUAAAACGGGCACGUUGCAAUCCUGAAUUCUCCUUGCUCAGGUUUUUCAAACGAAUACUGAUUGACGAAGGGCAUGAAACCCGAUCUUGGUUCGCCGGCUACCUAAAAUUUGCCUGGGAGCAAAACCCAUCAUUGGCUGCUGAUGUGAAUAGCAUGCUCCUAACUGCCGGUUUGGCUAUCUCAGAUGACCCCAAGGCAAUGCUUCCUGACGAAAAACUGGUUUCUGCAUUAGAAUUUAUGCGUACGAUCGCAGCACUUCGGAGUUAUACAGCAUUCAUGCUUUCGCCACAGUUGCGUACAUUUGUCCUAAAUCUCAUCAUUCGUCCGACUGGGAGGAGCGACAGAGCUGUGAACUUCAUAUGCUUCUGCCUAGCCUUCAUCAUCGGACUACGGUCCUGUUUGAUUGACCACACAGUAUCAGGCAAUGAGGCCGUUAACUCGGAAACGGAGGACCAAUUGGUCGUUUGGUUGCGCCGCCUUAUCUCUCGACAGGAGGUUUUGCAUACAUCGCUGCGCCAAUCGCCUUCCUACUCUGAACUUCUGCUCUUGCUUGCGUUGCUUUUCAACAAUAACCGGCAGAGCGCUAUUCGUGACAUCGUCGCUAGUGUGCUUUGCAUUGACGCCCCGUGCCUCAUGCGCAACAUCUCGGCGUCACGCAAACUCUUCAUCCAGAAAGUCUUCACGUAUCAGUCAAUUGCUACGCACGCUGCCCACGUUCCCGUCACAGUUGGACUCAGUGCUCAAUUAACAGGAAAUCUGCCCAUUCAUUUUGACUGCGCCUUACGCAAAUUUUUUUGCAUCUGUCUCCAGGGCUGGAUUUACCAACAAAUUUGCGAAAGCGUACGUCCCCUACACCCCCUCCUUCCAGAUGUCAUUGAAACGUACACGAGCAACGCCCUCACCCUUGUCUCCAGUCCCGGGAGCACCUUUGUUACCCCCAGCGGUGGUUGCAUGCCCUUCACAGAACAGGAGCUGCGCGCCCAGUUCACCAGCCAAUCAGCUGGUCGCGUCGCCUGCGCGUGUGCUCCAGCCGCGAGCGGUUGUGUCGGCGACAAGGCCAACGGUGACGACCUUGAACGCGAUCUGACGCCGCAACUCCUCUUCUUCUACUACAUGCUCUACAUCUACGACCAGGAACUGAAUGCCCGGGCUGCGGAUAACCGCGGACACCAGCGCAACCACGCCAGACAGUCGUUGUCGCUGUUUUCGGACCAGCUUUGGGAUGCUGUCCCAGCCACUUAUUUGCUGCAAUACGCGCGCUCCAACCUCGGAGCUUAUCGCAAGUUCUAUCCUCGACUGCUGCAAUUAGUCACAAACCACAUGCCUCACUUGACGAUCGGCGAGACGAUCAUCCAGGAUGAACUGCUUCUCGAUCCGUUUUGGCAAUCUGCCUACAACUCGAGGUCAGCGGACAGCCUCUGCCUCGCGAGGAGUCGUGUCACCCGAUCCCAGAUCCCCUCGCCAGACGAACUGCUUUCCAUCUUCGACCGGAUUCUCGAUCCAAGUGGUGUUGAUGACUCCGCGAUCCCCAUACGCGAGUGCAUCCUCGGAGUGAACGCUCUGGGAGCCUCCGUGGUUGGGCAGACGGGCUUCUCUCGCUUGCAACGUCUCCUCCCCUACGUGGAGCCAAUCGCUUGCCGCCUUCCCCGGGUCCUGCUGGAGAGCGCUGUGUUGUCGGGCAACCGACGCUUCUCCGCCGUGUGCUGUUCCCUCUGGCGCAGUCUUCACUCAUUCAUGCCUCAGAGACUUGAAGUUCUGACUAUCAAGGCCUUGUCGCAGAGGAAGGAAGGUGGGGUUGCAAAGGCGCACCGGACACCGCUAACUCACCGCGAUCUCUUCAUGGAUCCCGUGGAGAAUGUUGUCAUGGCAGUGGACCCAAUGGUUUACAGGUGUCCCCCGGUACUCCACAUUCUGAUUCGCAUCCUCGAGUGUAACCUGCUUGCCUCUCGAUCCUUCUGGCUGCACCGCGUGGCCGAUCGCUUCUUCCUCGCCUCCUCCACCCCCGCCACCUCCGAGCGCCAGCAAGGCUCCACCGGGGGUGGCCCGCCCCCUCUGAUCCCCAUCACCGGGGAGACAGAGCCUCUUGCUGCGAAGGCCUUCACGACAGGCAAGAAGGUCGGCGGCGGAGGUAGACUUAGCCUCGAACCUAUUCCUGGCGCAGAUGGGUCAGCCCCCAGACCGGACACCCCCGGCACCUCUACCACCCAGCCUGGUGGGGGUCCCUUGGCCUCGGACGAGGAGUGUGACCGUCUGAGAAUGGCUCUUGUGACCAGCCAGGACGCUGCUGUCGUUCAACUUCUACUGGAGUUCUGUCUACCGAGUGCAGAAGAGAAGCGUUUGAAGUCAGAAGUGUCGGAGUUGCACGAGGUCCGCAACAUCAUUUGCACCUUCAUCCACUACCUGUUCAUCGCCGACCCGAACUUGGCGAACGUCGUCUUCUGGCAGACCUAUCCGCGGCAGAUUAUUCCAGUUGCGGCUCGCGGUAUUCCAUCUCUUCAUAUCUGCAUGGACAGCGUCAUAGAUGUUUUUCGGAAAAGCGGAGACCUGGAAGCCGCCGUGUUUUGUGUGGAUUUCGUUUCACACCUCGCGAUGCACUACAACAUUGGACUGCUGCUCGACCGUGCCACCUACCUUGUCGAGGCAAUGCAUCACAUUUUUACUAGUGAGUCCACUUGCAAGAACUUGCUUUCCAACACACAGCGACCAACGGCGUCCAAUCAACGCUGUCAUUCGCGCCUUUGCUUUCCACAAGGUGUUCUUGGCUUGGAGGAGGUGCCUCAACUACUGCUCUCCUGUGGCCCGGCGUUCUGUCGGCUGGGCUGCGCCUUCCCCAGUCUGAGCCCACGACUGGCGAACAUCCUCCUCACCUGCAUGUCGAUGCUGUCGGGCGCGGUGUUGUUGGCCGGCGGUGUUCAUCAGCACGACAACCUCGUCAAGCACCUCGCACACCUUACACCCGACGUCACAGAGUACUCCAAAGCUGACCCCUGCAACCAGUUUCAAAUCCCAGAGGAUGAAGACGACUAUACCUUGAAGCUAAAGAGCCUCUCAAGACCCGAGCAAUACUACUUUGCUUGCACGAAAGCAAUGGUCUGGUUCAACAGACUCGUUCACUUCACUUCAGCCCAGAGACGUCUGUAUCUCCCACCGACCAUCGAGGAUACAUCCUUGCUACUUGCUACGCCAUCUCCCUCCCCUGUACAGAGUUCCGGUUGUCUGGAAAAAUGA